AUGUCGCUCUUCGCCGUCUUCGACUGCUGCAGCCAGAGGUUAGAGAAGGAAGAGUUUCAGAGGCAGUCGACCUUGUCCUCUCGUCCUUCGGGACCGAUGCCUUCAGCCAAGGUUGGAGUGGGCAUUGUUUUCGCGUCCGACGGAACAGGAGGACUCGUGGUAAAGGGUCUCGUGCCUCGCAGCUCUGCAGAGAAGAGCAACAUGCUCAAGGAGGGCGAUGUUCUCAUGCAAGUCAACCAUGUGGACGUCCAUAGAUGGCCGAUCAUAGAGAUCGCACCCCUCAUGCUCGGCACGCCAGGGACUUCCAUACACCUGCGAUUUGCGAGGAAGGUGGUUGUGCGGGAAGACGAGGGGAAGGAUGAAGACAGCUCCUCACGGCAGGAUACGAAACGAAAUCCUCGAGCUGAGGAGGAGGACAGUAGACCGAAGAUUCCUAAGCUGUGGCAGAAGGGAGGGACUCCGAGGAACGAGCAUGCCAGCACGGACAGUGUAUUGGAAACAGGGAACAUCCGCUACGAUAUGAUCGAUGUCCAGUUAACGCGAGGAAGCGUGUCGUAA